CCUUUCUCUGCUCUCAUGAUUCCGUUUGAAAAAGAUUGGGUGAUCAAGGUACAGAUGUUACAGUUGCAGAGUGAAAACCCCCAGCGGGAUGACUAUUAUUACCAGGAAUAUUAUCGCAAGCUGGAGCACAAACAGGCUGAGAAAGGACUCCUGACAGGGAGUAAACCUGAGGUCCCUAAGCUAGUCACCCCAUAUAUCCAAAGAGUGGAGACCUACGAAUCUGUAGUGCGGAUUCCAGGGUCCUUGGGACAGGUAGCCAUGUCCACCUGCUAUAGUCCCCGCAGGGCUAUCGAUGCUGUGUACCAUUUCUCUCUGGAACAGGUGGUAGGGGAUCAGAGGCUACAAGUGCUGUACCAGAUUGAGAAAAUGUACCUUACACUCCUGGAGAUGGAGGACAUUCAGCGGAAACUGGACCAGGCCCCAGAAGAGAUGCAUCCCCAGUUAUACGAGAAACUUGUCCGUGUAGUAGAACGCGUCUACCAAGCACUGAGAAUUGAGGAGCAUUCUGGUGAAGAAGAGGUGAAAGAGGAGUUUCUACAGCUUCUGCUGGUAGGAAAAGGGAAGCGGUUGGUGGCCCGUCUGCUACCACAUCUGUCCCUGGAGAGAGCCAAGAUGACCCUUGUCAAUAUUGUGCAACACCUAGCAGUGCUCAUCAAGAAGGACCUGUUGGAGGAGACCCUCUCUGUCCUCUACACUCCUCUCUGUGACACCAUUGGGCAGUUGACAUUUACAGAGUUGAUGGAUGUCCUCCAGGAACUCACCCAGCUGCAGCCCGAUUCUGUCAAACAGUCCCUCGCUUUGGUCUUCAGCAAUAAGUUUGCCAUCUCGCUGCUGUACCUGCUCUUGAGCCACGGUGAGAGGUGGCUCUCUUCGGAUUCAUCCCCAAAGCCUGAUACUAAAGACUUGGAAAAAUGGGUGGACUUGGUGCUUCUUGUUGCAAGAGAGCUGUCUCAAGUUCCCAAAACUUCCAUGGUGGAACCCCUUCACCUUCCCAGCAACCUUCUCUUCCUCUUCUGUCGCUACGUGGACAAAGACAUUGUGAACCGCUUGGAUGUCCAGAUGGACUGA